CGCCGCACCCCCCACAAUUGCGGCAGAGUCUGGCAAUUGACGCGAACCGAUCCGAAAAUCUCCAACGACAGCACGCCCCCCCGACACCUACCGCCACCCCUCGACCGACCGACCGAACGACUUCACCCCGAAUCGAUCGAGAGUACACAACAUGGCAGGCGACGCCCCCGUUCAAUCCGUCCAGUGCUUCGGCAAGAAGAAGACUGCUACUGCGGUCGCCCACUGCAAGGCCGGCAAGGGCCUUGUCAAGGUCAACGGACAGCCUCUGCACCUCGUGAAGCCGGAGGUUCUCCGCUUCAAGGUGUACGAGCCCCUCCUGAUUGUUGGUCUCGAGAACUUUGCGAAUGUCGACAUCCGCGUUCGCGUGACUGGAGGAGGACACACUUCGCAGGUCUACGCUAUCCGUCAGGCUAUCGCCAAGAGCAUCGUCGCGUACUACCAGAAGUUCGUCGAUGAGCACUCCAAGAACCACAUCAAGCAGCUGCUCGUCCAGUACGACCGCACCCUGCUUGUUGCCGACAACCGCCGUUGCGAACCCAAGAAGUUCGGUGGUCCCGGUGCCCGUGCCAGGUACCAGAAGUCUUACCGUUAAUCUUGUUUUUUUGCUGGGGUUGGCGUCGGGGUGGCUUUGGUACUGGAUGGACACUUUCAUGUGGGGAUUACGAGUAUUUCCGCAAUGAUAAUCCAAACAACUCCGUGUGCAAAAAUAAGAUGGUGUCUUUUUCUACAUUUCUGGGUCUGGAUUUGGGCGUUAGAUGCGAAAUCACACUGCAAUAACUCAAAUAUUACGGUAGUGAAACAUU